UGCACUUUUAAUCAGAACAAACGACUCGGCCAUUUCAACAGUCGAAAUUCGCUCUGAAUGAUUCGACGGGAUUGUCUUCUCUGUUAGAACGAACCCAAAGAUCUCUUCAUAUCUCUCACGUCCUUGGGAGUUGAGGCUUAUACAUCAUGGCAAGGAUUAAACCUCAAGCUCUGCUACAACAAAGCAAGAAGAAGAAGGGUCCAAGUCGUAUCGGUGCCACUACAGUUAUUUUAUACAGCUUAAUUAUAGUUGUGAUGGUGUUUUUCCUGUUUGCUACUUACAGACAUUGGAUUCAGAG